CACAUUUUAUUUCAUCGAUAGAAUCUGUGGAAUUCACAGCUCUAUUCUUUUGCUUUAUAUUUAAUUUGGGAAAAAAAAUUGUAUAAAUAAACAGCACAAAUCGGUAAAAACGUUUGGCAAUUCGGUUAAUGGCUGCUAAAAUGUCGUCCAAAUCAACCACGCAACGCCAAAAACAGUUUGACGAGAAUCGCAAUAAGUCAGGUGCGAAUAAUAAUAACCACAACAAAAACAACAACAAACCCGCGGAUUCCCCGCGCUUACAGAAGUCCAUGGAACGGCUACAGGUGCAACAGCCAAAUGUAAACAGACGUGCAGCUGGCUCCAAUUGGCUGGCAGCCACUGCUCCAGCUACCAUCACAGCAUCUGGUAGUGAAAAUCAGAGAGAACAGAAGCCAAACACAUCAGGUGGAGGAGCUCCAGAUGGACCUCCUGCUAUGAGCAAAUCUGCUCAUAGGCGCUUAAAGAAGAAAGCAGAGCGCAAUCGUUAUCUGGCCAUGGACUGUGAAAUGGUUGGCGUCGGCUUCAAUGGCAAUGACGAUAUGCUGGCCCGUGUCUCUAUAGUCAAUCGUAAUGGGGAUGUGCUUUUGGAUAAGCAUGUGAAGCCGCGCCAAGAGGUCACUGACUAUCGCACAAGUGUAUCUGGCAUCCGCCCUCAGGAUAUAGCUAAUGGUGAGGAUUUUGCUGCCGUUCAGGAUGAGGUGGUGAAGCUAUUGCAUGGCAAAAUACUUGUCGGCCAUGCCCUGCGCAAUGAUCUCAAUGUGCUGAAUAUCAAACAUCCAUAUGAACACAUUAGGGACACAUCCCGUUAUAAGCCGCUCUCUAAGGUCGUCUCGAAUGGACAUACACCUAGCCUCAAGCGUCUCACCUUGGCUGUGUUGGGACAGGAGAUUCAAACGGGAGAACACAACUCAGUGGAGGAUGCACGCGCUGCCAUGGGUAUCUUUAAUCGCAUUGCUGACGACUGGGAGAAGCAUCUGGAGAAGCAACAGCAACAGCACCAGCACCAUCACCAUUACCAUGGCCAUCAUAAAUGAUAUGGCUCUUGGCCUUAGUAAUAAGAGAUUUAUAAAAAAUGUUUAGAUUUUAUUAUUUUCCCCUUCUCUUUAUCUUUGCCCAUUUGCAUUUGUAAAACUGUUGUUUAAUUGUAUAAAGAAGAUCUUAAGAAUCA